UAUAUACAAAAUAUGCCGCCAAAGGCUAGAGAUAACGUUUAGAUAACGUUUUGGUCACAAAAGCCAGCGGUGUACGUAUCUUGCAUUUCGGUUUAAGUAGACCUAAAACCAAAUAUCAUACCUCAAACUUUUCAUAUCCUUUUCAAUUCGCCUCCCAUGGCAGCAACUUCACUACCAUCUCCGGCGAUCGAAACCGAUCAAGAAUACAGCGCCGCCUUAAAACUCUACAAUGAAAUAAUCCCAACUCUUCCCAAAUCAAAAGGCUGGUGGUUUGAUCAUCUCUCUCAAUACAAAGGCUUCUGGUUAUCAUCACAAUUUGCAGUAAAAGGUGUCAUCUUCAUUCACAAUCAUUUCAUCUUUAAACCUGAUGAUAUUAUCCUAUCAACCUAUCCAAAAUGUGGCACCACUUGGCUUCGAGCUUUAUUAUUCGCCAUUGUUAAUCGAAACGUUUACGAUUUCUCAAAUCACCCUUUGCUUAAGAGCAACCCUCAAGAUUUUGUUCCAUUUUUAGAAGGGUUUGUAUAUUAUGGUCCAUCGGUUUUCGACAAUCUCCCUUCGCCAAGAUUGCUCUCGACUCACCUUCCUUUUUCUUUAUUUCCAGAAUCUAUUACGACCGCUUCUGGUUGCGGCAAGUUUGUUUACAUUUGCCGUAACCCUAAAGAUGUCCUUGUUUCCAAAUGGCACUUUGCUCAGAAGAUAAGACCGAAAGAGCUACCGCCUUUUUCAUUCGAAGAAGCUUUUGAGAUGUUCUGCAAUGGAGUUUCACAUUACGGGCCGUACUGGGAUCAUGUGCUGAGUUACUGGCGAGCGAGUUUAGAAGCGCCCGAGAAGGUAUUGUUCUUGAAAUACGAGGAUAUGAAAAAAGAACCGCUGGUUCAUGUUAAGAGAUUGGCUGAGUUUAUAGGACAGCCAUUUUCAGUGGAGGAGGAAGAUAACGGGGUUGUGGAAGAAAUAAUAAAGCUGUGUAGCUUUGAGAAGUUGAGCAAUUUGGAAGUGAAUAAAAGAAGUACAAAAACCAAUGAGAAGUUCAUUAUUAAAAAUUCUGAUUUUUUCAGGAAAGGUGAGGUUGGAGAUUGGAAGAAUCAUUUAACAUCUGAGAUGGCAGCUCGUAUAGACCAGAUUACAGAGGAAAAACUUCAUGGCUCUGGUCUAACCUUUGCUUGAUCGUUAGUGAUAGUGUUCGCAAGCCAAAUAAUGUUUUUCUUUUUGAUUUUUGUUUGAUAGCUUAAUAAGUCUUGAAUCUUCAUGAUCUAUAUCUUGUAGAUCAUGUUCAAUGUCCGAAAUAAUAAUAUUAGUGAUGUCUUGUUGCUUUUGGUUUUUGAUCAAGACAAAAUAAUAUCGGACGUGUUUAGAAUU